AUGACGGCAGUCGCGAGUCCACCGAGUUUUCAACAAAAUAACAGGUCACCAUGGGGUGCUAAUGUCGGACAAGGAGGUCUCAAUUCGAUGAACGCCGACGAAGUCGCCCGAAUGUUCAUGCCACGCAAGAGCGCUCAGCGCACCAACUCCUCCUCCUCGAUAGCCUCAAGUUCUUCUACCUCAUCUAGCUCUACCAUAAGUCAACCCUCGCCCCAGACCAAUGGCGUCCCAAUGUCACCAUCAGGAGAUCUCGGUUCCUUCGCGCGCAAAAAGCCCCCAAGGACAGGACCGUGGCCAACAAGCAAAGCAGAAGCAGUCUCCGGUGUCUCUACCGCACGCCCACAGUCAGUAUUAGCCACAAAUGGAUCAUCUACAGCAUCUUCGAUGCCUUCCAUACACCAACCCUCGCCCGUUGUCCCAUCUCAGCACCUUCUACAAAGCCCUACACAACAAAACAAUGGAAACCGGCCACCUGCACAACCGAUUGGGGAGGGCAACCCAGUCCUUUAUUUGCUCUCCAUGAAUGGGACGUUCGAGCGGAAAACAAUAUCGGUCCCCUACUACCCGGAUAGUCUAAGGAUAGGGCGCCAGACGAACGCAAAAACGGUACCGACACCUGCCAACGGAUAUUUCGACUCAAAAGUACUGUCAAGACAGCACGCCGAAAUAUGGGCAGACAAGAACAACGGGAAAAUAUAUAUUCGCGACGUCAAAUCUUCCAACGGCACUUUUGUGAACGGGGCUCGAUUAUCUGCAGAGAACCGCGACUCGGAGCCGCACGAGCUGCAAACGCAAGACCAUUUAGAACUCGGAAUUGAUAUCGUUAGCGAAGACCAAAAAACGGUGGUGCAUCACAAGGUUGCGGCGAAAGUAGAGCACGCUGGGUUCCUCGGCGCAACAAGCAACGUUUUGGACAUGAACUUCAGCGACUUAGAUCCAGCGAACGGUGCAAUGAUGAUGCCAUCUCAAGGCUCCAUGCAGAUGCGAGGAAGGUCAGGCAGUCAAGGAUCCGUAGGGAGCAAUGGACGAAUGGUGCCCCCUGCCAGUGCUGCUGGAAGUUCAACCAGUCAAAUGAGUGUCAUGGGCCAUCAACGGCCCAUGAACUUCUGGUUGACACCAGUGACGACCGAGCAAAUCGUGAAGAGACUUACACACGAAAUGAGGAUAGCUCGUUUACAAACCAUUGACCUUGGCCGGGCAGAUAACUUCUUAGAUUCGAUGGUUACCAAGGAUGAUUUGAAGGAGAAUGAGAGAGUACCAAUCAUUGAAGCUCCCAAACCCCCCCAAAUUAAUGGGAGUGUCUUGCCAUUCCGAACGGAUACAAAACCUAGAUUUUCGGAUCCGCCUGCGCCGCCUCCACAACAGCCUCUACCCGAGAAACCAGAUGUUGCUCGUGCAGCUCAUUCAUUCGAACCAUCUUCUCCAUCCCUGAAGCGCUCCAAUACCGAGCGACCUCGAUCCGGUGCAAAUGUUUCGCCAAUUCGACAAGAAGCCCCCAGCCAAAUCGUUAAAUUAGCUGAAGAUUUGGCGAACGCGAGAAAGGAACUGGAUACCCAAAAUGCUCGAAUGCGUGAUUUGGAAGACAUGUUACAGAAGGAAAGGCGUGCUCGAGAAGUUGCGGAAGAGAUUGCGAAGCGAUUGGAAUUAGAAUCAGAAGCAAAGACGAAUGGCCACGCGAAGGGUUCCGUCAUGGAGGAUGCUUUCGAACCCCCAUCGGAGACUACAGACGCUAAGGAAGUCGAUCCCAUCGAAACUGUUGAUCCCAAAGCAAUUUCAGAUUCUAGCCUGUUACUGGAGAAACGACUUGAGACAAUGCUCGUUGAUAUGCAGGAGCUGAGGGAGCAAAUGCAGUCAUUUAAGAUGCGGGCGGAGACUGCCGAAUCGGAGAGAGACUCGGAUAGAAAGACGCUUGCGGAAAUGGUGGCCAAGAUCAAGUCAGAUGAGGCCAGCAGAGCCUCGUCGACAGAACAUGUCAAAUCACCGAAAGGCGAAAUUCCAUCUCAUGGGCUGGCCAAUGGCCAUCUCGAAGGCCUUAACUCUGUGCUCGGCCCGCUGCUGCAAAAAGCUGGUUUAGCAAAUGGUAGCGCCGCAGCAGCUGAUAGCAAAGAUCCGAAUCGGACGGCCAUCAGUACGUUGAGACCACCAGGGGGGCACGAUCCCUUGUUGCAUCACGCGACGCCAUACGCCUCAAUGAUGGGCGUUGUAAUUUUGGGAAUGGGACUUAUGGCGUACUUGAACGGAUGGCAACCACCAAAAGUCGAUCGAUAG